AUGGCCGCCUUCGUGCGCGUUUCAGGCCCCGCAAAUGGCAAUUUUCUGAUCGGAUAUCCGGGAAUCUCUGCGACCAUGCCACGAAUUGAGGGUAAGGUCGAAAUCCGACCCUGCGCUGGCAUUACAGCUCCAGUCAACAUCUCGCUCGUCACGAUCUCCCUCCUCCGUCGCGAGACAAUCCACCCUUCGGCCGACUCCGUCACAAAGAAACGCCUGGCUCCGCCACGGAAGGAGAUCACGGAUAUUGUGGGCAAAGAAAUGCUCCUGUUUCGAUGUCCUUCCGGACGGGAGUACGAGGAAGUAAUAUCGAUGGAUCUGCCCUUUGUUCUCUUCAUUCCUUUUGGCCGUGGUGGUCGCGAUGCCUCUCGGCGUGUUCCGCCAGCUAGUCUACAGCUAUCGAGUCGUACCGCCGAGACAUACUAUGAAAUGGUGGUGACGGUCCAACAAGGGCAACAACAGCAACACAAAUAUAGCUUUCCGGUCCCCAUUGCGCGCUACGACACACUCUCCACAUUCGGCAUGUACAAUCGUCCCGAGUCGGCGGAGCGUGUAUCAGAUCAUUUGGUCACAUUAGCGAUUUCACUACCCCGGUGGUCCUACGGUCCUCUCGAUCCUGUCAGCGUCUACGUCAAGCUGUCACCGAAUGAGAGCUGGAUGGGCAAAGCGCGUAAAGUGACCAUCAGCAAGAUCACAAUUGGGAUAGACGAAGAGAUCAUCUAUAACCACGAAGGCGACGAGCCUCAGCGCAAGAGCAAGAAUAUAGCCAAGAAGACGGAGAGCAUUGGCGUGAAACUUCCCCAAUCGGGCUAUUUAACAAACCUGGGAUUGGUAUUCCCUGCGAAGGACAUGCGCGACGCAGAGGGGAUACUGCCUAGGAGUAGGACGGCAUUUCCAACGUAUGGUGUGAGCGGCUUCACAACCACAGCAAGUCUAUAUAAAAUUGAGUACUACCUCACAGUUCGAGCCCAUUUAACCUCCGCAAGGGACAUUACCAUCCGACAACCAAUCGUAGUCUGCCCUCUUGACCACGCCGGUUGCAAGGAAGAAAUGGAAGCGAUUGAGCAAGCCGCACGAGAUGCCGCCCAUGUCAACCCGGAUAACCCUAUGCUACCCCUUCCAGCCAUUGUACGACCAAACGACCCCAACGCGCUCAGCCAUAUAGGCGCCGCUAUUGUCGGCAACCAGAAGAAACCAUUGAUUGACUGA